UGACGCACGUGCUGCGUGCAGCCAGACGUUCGUCGUCUUGUAGUUCUAGGGUUCAUGUGGGUUUGGCUGAAUUCUAAAUUCGAGCAUAUAGGCUACCUGUAUCUGGGGGCGCAGAGAAUAAAUAUUGAGGAAAUAUUGAUCGAAGUUGUUAUAUACGAAUAUAAAGGAUCGACGUAGGCGCAGGAUUGAAGACAUGAAGAAAUCCAGGAGAAGAUGGAGAGUAAAUUAUACUACUCGUUAGAUUGCACAGAGGACCUGAAUACUCUCUUGUCAAACACCGAAGAAGAAGGGCUGCAAAUUGAGAGGACGAAAACGCUGUUUGAGGAGAUCCGCGCCUCUGUCAAUAACAAUGAUGAGCAGGACCGGUCCUUCUGGAGGCCUGUGCUGCCAUGGGGCGGUGUCUACACCAUCCGGGCGGGGAGGAAGGCCAUCUCCUGCAUCCCCCUGUACGUUAAGAUAAGCUUGAAGAACACGUGCACCAUCGACGGCUUCCUCAUGCUCCUCUACGUCAUCUUGCGCGAAAACCAGACCUUCCCCCGUGAGGUGGGCAUUUUCCUUGGCAAGGAGUUUGUGGACCAUUUCCUACAUCUGAUGGAUUCCUAUGACUACACCACCGUCAAGCUGCUGUGGAUCUGGGACAGGAUGUCCAAGCAGCAGUACCGGUCCGAGAUUCAUCGGGCGGCGUUGGAGAUCGACCUAUUUGGCAACGAGCACGAGAACUUCACCAAGAACUUGGAGAACCUGAUGUCUACCGUGCAGGAGAGCCUCUGUACCAACUGGGGCUGCCCUGCCCGCUUUCAGGAGCUCCUCAAUCAGACCAUUAACAUCAACCCGCCUCUUGAGCCGCCUCACAGAGACCUAAUUCAGUCAGCUGUGGACGAGUUCUUCUGUCCCAAGAUCCUUCUGUGCAAAGAAAUGGGGAGUCGGCGUUUAAGCGUCCCUGGCUACUGUCUGUGCUGCAGGUGUGAUGGGCUGAGGGAGUUCUCCCAAAGGGUCUUCUGCCAUGGACCUCCUCCCUUUGUCAUCCUCAACAUGCAGCUGUGGAAGUCUGAGGACCUGGCCUACGUUCCGUACCACCUCGACCUCUCCCAGCACAGGUACUUGCUAGAGGGCGCCACCCUGUUCAGCAAAGAGGAGCACCACUACUCGGCAGCAUUCCAGAUAGACGGAAACUGGCUUCACUACGACGGGCUGCGCAGUGACAACCUGAUCCUGCUGAACAGGCCCCCGGAGCUGUUGCUCCUCUCUUCGCUGGUCUACAUCCGUGCGUCUGAUAAGUGAGAACCGCCCUGAGGGAGCGCAGCAAACCCCACUGCCUUUCUGCAGCGACUCCAAAAGCAUUACUUACCUUCGCUUGUCAUUUUCAGGUCAAUACUGCACUUCUUCCCAAGCUUUAGUUAUCUCUGUCUCGAUUGUGACUUCACUUCCGGGAGGGGCUAGGAAGUGCAGCAGUUGUUUGAGCACUAGCGGAGCUCCUCCCAAGUGUAAGUUUAUGUUAAUUUUGCCAUUUAUAUAAAGAAAAAAAGAUCAAGCCAACCGUUUUCAUUUUGGGAGGUAACUUGUUACAUGUAUUGCUUAUUUUUGUACUCUUUAGAUAUUUCAUUAAACUUCUUCAAGGAUUAUGUGCUCUAUCAGGCCAGACUGUGACUGCUUAAAUCUCACUGCACAUAAUAGCGUCUCCUUUUUAAGCUUGCUUGGAAUCCAAGAAUAUGUAUGGACUAUAAUAGUUCUGGGGCCCGUGUGCAUAAAACAAUCUGAGAUGCUUCUUAAGGAUGAAAGGUGGGAGAUUAUUGGUCAGCAAGAAAUUGUGUUUGUGAGUGCUCUCAUAGCGGUGCCAGACGAACCCUUGUACAAAACUGUUGUACCAAAAAAUGUUGUUCAGAUCAAGCAUAUUGCUUAAAAUGUAUGUUUACAACGUUAAUGUUAAAUCGAGAAGAAACUUCCAGUCAAACUAUAAAGAAUGUGUAAGAAAUACCAGUGGGCAUUGCCAGGCAUUUUCCUCAGUGGUUUAGUGAACCAAAUAAUCUGAUAACUUUGUUUUAAUUUCCCCCUAAUAUUUCAGUAAUUUAGUUCAUUCCUACAGUAAUAAGUAAAGAAGUAAUGCACCAAUAUACUGUUUUCAUCAGUGAGCCUUUGUUACUGCAGCAGAGGUUUAAACUCACAGUUGAAAACUUUGGAUGUGCAAGCAAAUAUAUUUAUAAACAUAGGUACUGGUCAUUCUUCUUUCAAGAUUCAUCUUUCAGGAAUUAUUCUGAAUUCAUUUAGGGGUGGUAUCAUGUACAUUAGCCUUAUGAUGCUAAUACUACAGAAAAUUUCAAACCAAUUACAAUUUUUAUUUUUGAUCUUGAUAGUCGCUGAAAUGCAUUAUUCAGAUCUCUUGUCCUUCAUAAACAUGUCUAUUCGGGGGAUAUCUUGAAAUCAACACUACCUGUCUCUUGAAAUUGUAUGCAUGCAGGCCUUGAUUUCAGAAACUGGUGCUUGGGAUGGGGUUUCUACAGAGAUAGCUGGAGGCGAUCAACAGGGCUGAUUUGCAUUUUUAUAAAAGAUAUAUUUGGAUUCAUCCGGUAUGUUUGGUUUCCAUUUUGUUAUGAUCUACCAGCUCUUGUAGAAUUUGAAAAUAUGUCUUGAUGUCUGAACUUAAAACUAAAUUAUAGCCUACAUAUGCGCAUGACUGUUAAGCUGAACUUUUUGUGCAUUACAGAAUUGAUUAUCCAAAAUUAAGAGCAGUAGACUAUAGUGUGUGGUGAUUGAGUUUCAAGUAGGCAGUGUUUCAGUUUGUACAGGUGGAUUAUCAUUAGUCUUACUAGAAUACAGAUGUCCAGUUAGUGUGCACUGUCAACCACACUCUUAAAAUGAGUAAUUAUUGCAUUUCAAUUGAAUGCUUAGAAAGUUCUGUUUUGAAUACUGAAACAGUAUGUUCUCUUAUUUUAAGAAAUAUUGCUUCAGAAAAAGUAGUAAAUGAAAUGAAUUUUCCAUAAAAACAGUAUUUUAAAAAAAACUGCUAAGAAAAACUGCCCAUUCUGUUACACACAUUCACAGUGUGUAACAUUACAAUCCCUUAGCAGAUACUCCAAACUUGCAGAAGUGCUCAUUUUGAAAAGUAUAAUUUUGGAUUUAAACUGGUCAGAUCAUUGUUGGUGCUAGAAUUCAUGUAUUCUCCCAUGGUUUUACACCUCGUAGACAAACAUCUUACAACUCAUACAGUGUGCAUAAGUGUCUGUGAUACACUGCUUUGAAUGGAAACAGUCACUAGAAUCAUGACAGCACCACAUUAUUCAAUAUUACUGUUCUUAUUGUUUGAGUUGAAAGUUCUCAUUUAUAACCAUGUAAUAAUUGAUCUAUUUUUUUAAUUAAAAUUUUUGUAUUCUGUCAUGAA